GUGAUGGGAGACGAAAUGCCCCGACGUCAUCAUGACUCAUGCCGCAGUAAACCGAUGAACAAGUUCUGUGAGUAUUUCCUAGGUUAACUAGUUUCUUAGCAGCUGCACCACGACCAGCACCAGCGUUCAGUACUUGCUCACGUGAUGUUUGUGUGAAGAUCGGCGGAAAAUAUAGAGAAAAGCAGGAGAUAGAAGCGAUGAACGACCACCCGGCUUCAGUAUGGAGUGUUCUCGCAUUGAGAAACGGCGGCCCUGCACGCGCCCGCGAGCGCCGGGCUGCUGUAGCGACGCGGCGCUUCCUAAACCACCGCCGGAGGACCGGCGCGAUGCGGGGUCUCAAGGAUGCGCUUGAACGCUUCGAAGGCCACGACGAACUACAAGUGCUCGAGCAGGCUUCCUCGUCUUCCUCCCCGAGAAGCAGCGACCAGGAGGACGCCGACCACGAUUUUAGUAGAUAUGAAGAGGAAGAUGGCCAGCAUCAGCAACAGAACCUCAAUAGAAGCUCGUCGCGCCCUGCCCGACACCCGGACGCGCGGACGAACGCCGCGGACGCUGCUCCGGGCGAUGAAGAGACCCGCAGGAAGCAGCAGCGGUGGGUGCGGCGACCCUGCUCCGCGCUGGCACAGUACGAUUACGGAGCGAUAUCUGCGCAACCGCGAAGUCUGUACACGCACUUGAUCAAGAAAGGCCGCGGACGGGACAUCGACAGACCGAAUUUACACGGAAAUCGCCGCCGACUGUACACCACUGCGCCCCUACCAGGUACAGCUACACAGCCAAGAUAAAGAUACUACCUAGAACUAGAAAUUCAACAAACUGCCGCUUUUUCUUUAUUCUUCUAUCGCCCUUUUAGUGUAUUUCCUUUUCCUAAAGAAGUUCAAACUAACACGUAACACACUCAAGAAAGAGCUGCAAAUCCUGCACAAGUGCAAAGAGAACGGCACCGCAAACUAUUCUGGACACUGCACGGGUCCUGCUUGUUUUCACAAAACUUCUCCUGAGGGGCUCUUCAUCUAAGUAUGCAUCAGGCCCUAUCUGAUCUCUGUCAACAUUCAUGAACGCUGCAUGAAUCUUUACGCAACUACUACGAAGAUCAGGUUCAGGAGGUCCUCGGAGUUUUUUUCUCGAUAUGCAAGUUAUUUGUGACCAAAACCAUAACGCCCCCCCAGGUAUGUCGCAUUCUUCGUGGAAUCGGCAAGAUCCCAUCUUUUUGGCAAAGGGAAAGGCCCAGUGUUCAUCUCUAAUGCCGGUCGCCGCGCGAAGCCAGCUGCUUCUCCAGAACCCCUCCACUUGGGUAUCAACUGAAAACACAACAUCUAGACCUGGAACAGUGCAGAGGGUUGGCGCGCACAUCAUGUAGGUAACCCACGAGCGCUAGCUCGGAGUCUGAGAUGCAUGCGAAGGUCUCUCUUCCGUGCAUGCGGUUCCGCGAGAUGAAGAAGGAGGUCGGUCCCAGCAAGACCCGAAGCUUGUAAUAACUAUCCUGCAUCCAUUGGACAACUUCAAUCCGAUGUCAGUCUCUGUCUCAGCAAAAACAAUAUAAAUGAGUAUAAACGCAGCUGGGUAUAGGUUCUUUCGCUGGCCGCUCUACUUGACAGACUCGGCAAGUCCAUCCCCCAGCUUCAUCAAAACUAGACAUGGACCGCAAUUAUCCCAACCAGCAGCAGACGUGACGUCUGCAGCGCUUUUGCCUUUGGCUCUGCCCGACCAAGAUCCAUGAUAACUAUUUUUGAUGCAUAUUCGGCCGAAUACCGCAAUUGUGCGGGAGUAGCUCUGGAAGAACUGCAGACCGACGACCACCGGAUUCCGUGGACGCGCACGCAAGAAUUGCGACGCCGGCGCACGUAUCGAAUGCAAAUAAAUAUGUUUGGGUCUGGACGAUUGCAUUUGCGAUUUGUCAUGCUACAUCUGAAUCAUACAGAAAUCUGUGACUGUGUUGCAUAAGUGCCAAAAGCUGUCCACUUUCCACCGAGUUGAGAGGAAGUUUCUCAUGCAGAGUUGUAGGCAUGAUAGAGUUAGAGACCUCAGAGAAUCUUCUGUCAUGCGAGGUCCCGCAUUCCAGACCUCAUGGGUCAUGGAAAACCUGCGUGGCAAAACUUGCAUCGUUCCAGACCCAGACACAUUUGCAUUUGACAGCCCGGCCGAAUGCCUCGAUUGUCUCGCGGUUGACGAAACCCUGGAGAGCCGACGGCAGUGGGCAGGGCAACAGUGGGGGAACAGCAAGGCCCUGCGCUACUACACCCAGAUUCCCAAUGGGGCAGCACCGGUGCGGUCCUUCCGCGACCAGGUGGAAGUCGUUGCCCUCUCGCAGAUGGCGCAAGAUCUGCACUACAGCUCUCCAGACGACGACUGUGUGCGAAAGAAACUGUACUACCGCGUCGACGAGGCGGAGGCGGCGACAACAUCAAGCGGAGGUGCCUGUUCUAGUUCUUCCACUAGUGGGGGUGGCGCAGGUGGAGCACCAGCACCGACAACAUGGUCGAGUUCUUACGACAGUGCGCUCGUCGACGUCGUUUUUCCAUCAGAUUCCUUCGAGCGGGAGGAAAACAACAAUUAUCCAGGCUCUACUAUUGUUGGGAUGAGCAGCAGCUACAACAAAGGCAACAUCAAACAAGCAACAUCGACUGACUACAAGAACUACCUCCCGCUCCCAACCGCCCUGAAGCGGCCGUGGCACGAUGCCGACACAGCAGCGGGGGUGUUGUUGAACGAGGUCGAGGACGGGUCCACCUCGCAAGGGAAACAAGCGCCCAGUUCUUCCCUGUCGUCCAGUGUCGUCCCAGCAAAGACGCAGAAGCACCGGACCAAGGACGACAUUGUCGUCGAGUACAGGGAUGAAGGCAGCAUCGUCUGCGAGCCGUAUCGCAGCUUGCUGACGCGCCUGCUGUACAUGACCCGGCUCCGCAAAAUCAGCGUGCUGAGACUCUGUAAAGCCUUCACCCGAGAGGAGAAUGCCGCCCACGGAUUUCUACCUGCCGAAAGCUUUCACCGCGCGCUGGAGAAGCUGGAGGUCGUGUCAAACGAGCCGCGCGGCGGCUUUAGCACCAGUUGCUCGGCAACGGUAAGGAACAAGAAGAUGAACAGCAGUACUACUACGGCAGGAACUACGAGUUUAAGUUUUACUAGUAGUCACGCUAGCAAUAGAAGUGGGGCGAUGCCGGUGGCCGCGUGGAGCUUUCGGCAGACCAUGGAGUUCUGCUGGUGGCUGCGCAAGUUUCAGUUUCGGGUCGACGGGGGGGAGUACGACGAGGGACUGAUCGAUCUCCAUCUGGUGGAUCACCUAGUCACGCAAGUAGAACGGGAACAGGAGCGGGACGAAAGGAUGUGCCGCCGGGCACUCGCAAAACUGACCCCACCCGACCGCUUCGGCAAGACCCUGCGGUUUGCGGAAGAGCUGCUCGCGCGCGAAAGAGAAAAACGACGCGAGGCCACGAAAUCCUCUCGCGCAACGCGAAAAUCUGCUGCCGUCACCGCGGCUGAGCACAGGAAGACUACAUCCGCAGCCAUGAUAUGCCUCGCUCAGUUGUGACGAACCUCUGAAUCCAAAUUGAAAUUGCAACAAAGUAUCUUCUCCGGUACAGGCAUUUGCUGCACGACAGGUUUUUUUUUACCUCAGGUGUCCAGACAUCUGUCACGCUGAACGCGUUGAACACCAAAAGUUAACCAACUUAAUAUACCGAGCCGCGGACACGCUGUCGCUCGCAUCAUGUCAUGACUUCUAAUGCGCGUUUUGCAUUACUACUACAGUUGCGCGCCCUGAUCAACUUUUUCGCAGCUGGUGCUGGGGUGGUCACGUCUGAGCGGGGAAUAAUAAAUCGGCCAAACCCUCUUGGAGCUAUCGUAGCGCUAGCGCUGAAUAGAAUUGGUUUUCCUGCCUGCUGGCGUUGUUCCUGUUUUACUUCGGCCCACAACGACCGAGAAAGUAACUCAGAAAGAUGCAGUCGGCAAUGAGAAUAUUACAAUUAUUUAUUUGAUUGCAACACCAACACGAACGAUUGAUGAUCCUGUUGUUUCGAAAAACAUCGGAGAGUUUGCUAGUAUCAAGAUCAAAGAGCCUGAAACUGAAAAAUAACCGCAUGAACAGCAACUUAGACUUACAUUUACUUUUCGUUUUCAACACGCAAAUUUGUGAUUCGAACGUGCCGCCAGGGUAAAGCCAUCUACCUCUGUAUUCUUUGUCUUUAGCCAUUUAUUACGGUCUGCUUUUUAGAAAAGACAGCAGUAUCUAUCGAAAUACGUACAAAAUGCAGGACAUAUUUGAUCACCUUCGCAUAGUUUUAGUUUCCACAUUUUUAUGCAAUUUGUAAAGAUUCUAUCAUGAACUCUAUGUUUAGUACACCAUAACUGUGCAUGCAGCAACUCAUUCUCGUACUAGACGACUAGCACAGCUAUUCAGCAGCCGCAAAAUGUCCAUGUUGUCUUUCUGACGCUGGAAAGUCAUGCACUGGUUCUGGUGAGCGUGAGCCCAAUAACGCAUUUAAUAUUAAUGGACUUAAGAGUUUGGCUCCGAGCCCAAAUCGAAAUCAAUGCAGGGCCGCGGUCCGCACCUGUAUGGGGGCAAGCCUUUCGAUUUCGUCGUCUUCGGUUGCGACGUGUAUAAUUUCGACAGAGAAGAAAACCAAAACGUCAAGACCCGAACAGACAGGACAGACACAUGGAGGACAUGGCAUGAAAAAUAUCGAUAUCCAAAAAAACAAAAUGAAACCGCGACAAAAGUGGAACCGAGUUGCAUCAUCGUCAAAAUAUACAUACACAAAAAUGCCCAUAUUCAUAGCGCAUCGCAUAUUGAGGUUGAAGAUUCUUUCCACCCUUCUAUAGCACGGGGUCAAGAAUGCCGAUGGCCAUCAAUCCGACAAUGGGCAUCAACAUCCGAGGAGAUCUCCCCAUCAC